UGGCUGCCCUUUAGGAUUUGUUAAAGAGGAGACCCAGACGGUUUGCUGGAAUUCUGCAAAGUGGAGGGACAGAGAAAGAGGACGCAGAGAGGGCAGCUUUGUGGAUGGACCCAGAGCAGGCCAGAUGGAAACAGAAAAGGCCAGCCAUGAGACGGAAGAAAGUCUGAUAAUAGCUCAACUCAGUACUGUUCACCAUCAAACCGGACCCCUGAUCAACAAGCUACAGAAUGGAAACCAAUUGGCAGAAGUGCCUCCUCAUCAAAUCAAUGGCUCUGACUGGGGCCAUUUCAAACCCAGCGUGGGGAUGAACCCAAUGAAGAGGCAUUACGACAGCUGUCACAGGCCAACUGAAAUGCAGGACCUGUUUGAUCAAAGCUUGCAUGUGACAAAUGGAGACGCAAAACAUGGUUUGAGCGACACGUCAUCGUUUGGGCUUCACCAGUCAAAGAAACUCAGAGGGGAUUUGGAAAUGAAUGGUGAUGAUGAUAAGAUGGUGGAGAACAAUGCAAUUGCUGCAUGGGACAAAGAGGAGGCAUUAGGCAUGGAGAGCAAUCUAGACUGUUUCCAAGAGCUCAUGAAGCCUGCAGACUUUGACUGUGAUGUUUUGCCGAAAGACAAGAAGAACGCUAAUUUCUCCAACGGAGACCUCUUCUCCCAUUCGAGGAGCAAGCAAAUGCCAAUUUCCAAUGGUGCUACAGUGACUGCCUCAUCCAUGGAGGACACACCUGGAGACCUUCUACAGAAAACACUGUCUCAGUAUUACCCAGACAGGGUGUCCAUUGCACCGCAAAGCAGUGUGUCACAAGAGAUGAAGAUCCCAGCCAGUGCAGAGACCUCUCCUGAACCGGCCCCUCAUUCCCCAUCACUUACCUCAGGUUUGCUCAUUUCACCACCAAUAUCUGCCUCGGGACAGCCAGAUGGGACAACCCUGGAAGUGCACAACAAUGACAACUACGACAAUGCACCAUUUGUCAUGAAUGGAUACCAGGGCACGAUUGGAAGAGAACACCAGCAUCAGCCUUACCCGCUCCAGGACGUACCAGCUAAUGAGGUGGAAACGCACACACCAUCCCAGGGGGAAAAUCAUGUCCCCAAGAUGGGCUUACCACCAAGACCUGGUAGCGCCUCCCAAGAUCUCAACUAUGCCCGAUCCUUCUCCGACAGCAUGGAGGCCCAAGAUGUGUAUCCUAAGUCUCAGCGCAGCUUUAGUGAAGAUUCCUACCCACUCAUGAUGGAGCCCAGAGUCCCAGUCCAGACAGAAGAGGCUGGGGGAUUUAGUCCUUUUGCCAGCAUGGCUAUGGAAGGGAUGGCGGAGAGCAAGGUUUCCAGUCUGGGUCACCAGUCUCAAGGGCCCCAGAACAGUCAGCAUGAGGUCAAGUAUGGGGCACAGCAGCAGCUCGACAGACAAGGGCCGGCUGAGAGCAGUGCCCUAGAGGAAACAUCCAGUUCAGCUUUGUCAGACCACCGUGUCCCCCCAAAUUCGAUCACAGAGACUCAGAAUCCCACUGGGAGGCCCCAGCCUCAGGCACUUAUGACGCCAUGUCAGACGCAAGGCACUGAUAUGGAAAACAAAAUGUCUUUUGACGGGACUUCUAGAACGAUGCAACAGAGAGUAGACCCCUAUACACAGGUGGAAUGGAUUGAUCUGAAUUCCACUCCACCAUCACAGCCAGUGUGGAAGGACUACCAGGCACAGCCACAGCAUGAGCGGCAGGCUGGCACUCAGCGGCAGGGGUGCAUCCCAAGCACGAACCCAAUGCAGGGGUUCAACCAGCCUGGCUUCCAGCAGCAGGGUGAGCAGGUGAAGGACACAUAUAGGCCUGAUCCUGGGUAUGAUGGAUCUCAAAAGAAAGUAGUUACUGAUUGGCCACAGCCAGGUUCCACAGCUCCUCCUAGACUGCAUGCUCAGGCACAGAUGCAGGCCAGCGAAAUGGGGCUUGUGUCCCAGCAGCAAACAGACAACCACCUUUGUGCCCAAACACAGCAAGAGCACUUAUGUGAGAACAACCAAGAUGUUGAGCAAAUUCUAUCAUCUGGCUUCCUGCAGCAGCAGCAGCAGCCACCACCGUAUCCUCGGUCAGAGAGCCAGGAGGAAGUCCUCAACCUUCAACCCCCUACCCAAGAUGCACAGCCUGUGAAAAUGUCCAGGCCACAGGAUCCACAUCAGAGACAGCUGGACACCCAGCUCUUGAAUAGGCUUAAGUUGGAGGAGUACAUCAGGUUGGAAAAACAGCUUAAAUCACCCAACUGCCCAUCUAGUCCAGCAGGACUUACCCCCACGAGCAGAAAUGCGCCCAGCUUUUUUGAGCAAUCACUCCCCCCCAAUACACAACCGCUUCAAAAACAGUCUGCCUCAUUUCCGUACAGUCGUGGUGAUACAGACAGGGCAGUAGUCCAGGAGAACUACAAGUUCAGCAACACCAUGCAGCCGCAGUGUUCUCCAACAACCGGAAAUACAAAGCAAUACUCACACUCCCAGCAGCAUCAGAAUCACCCACAGUCACACCUUAUGGAUUACUCGCAUCCACCAGCAACACAGCAGCAACAACAACCUCAAUUUGCACAAGGUGCUCCAAAUCAACAGGUGCCAGGACACACGACCAUACGGACGUUCCCUAAGAUGGAGCCGCAGGAUCACUGUGCACAGUUUCAGCAAGGGCAGUUCCAGAACCACCGGGAUCUCCAGGGGCAUGCUGCACUACGGAUGCACCUGCUGCAGAAGCAGGAGAGGCAGGGCCCCCCACAGAACUUCAAGCACAUCCUGCAGGCUAUCAAGAGCGAGAACGGCCCGCGGUUUGACUGCCCCAUGCCGCCACCACAGGGCAGAGGGAUGGCAGGCCCUGCCAUGCAGGCCAUGGUGAAACAGGAGCCCCGCCAGCUCACCUGCGAGCAGAUGCAAGAAAGCAGCAUCAUCGCCACCAUGGAGCAACGGCUGCGGCAGUACCAGCCAUCCCCACUGUUUGAGAGGAAAGCACUGGUCAUAAAGUCCCCCAAUAAGGUCAAGGUUGAGACGUCAGGCGCUGUGACCAUUCUCUCCACCAAUGCCGACCUGGGCAGGGAGGACUUCGGAGCUGCGGCUCAGAGAAAACAUCCCCCUGAACUGACCCCAACAAAGAAAAUGGAGCCAAGCCUCAACAGCUUUCUCGAGUCUCCAAUGAAACUGCUGGACACUCCCAUCAAAAACCUGCUGGACACUCCUGUGAAGACUCAGUAUGAAAUUCCAUCAUGCCAUUGUGUUGAGCAACUCAGUGAGAAAGAUGAAGGACCCUAUUAUACACACCUGGGAGCAGCACCAACUAUACCCGCUAUUCGUGAGAUGAUGGAAAAUAGGUUUGGGCAAACUGGAAGCGCUAUCAGAAUUGAGAAGGUUGUUUAUACUGGGAAAGAAGGGAAGAGCACACAGGGGUGUCCCAUAGCCAAAUGGGUGAUUCGGCGGAGCAGUGUGGAUGAGAAGCUGCUGGUGGUGGUGCGUGAGCGGUCAGGGCACUCCUGCCAAACCGCCUGCAUCGUGGUGGCCAUCCUCAUCUGGGAGGGCAUACCCAUGAGCCUGGCGGACAAACUCUACAGCGAGCUGAGCGAAACCCUCCAGAAGCACGGCGCCCUCACCAACCGCAGAUGUGCACUGAACGAAGAGAGAACGUGUGCUUGCCAAGGCCUAGACCCAGAGGCUUGCGGGGCCUCCUUCUCUUUUGGCUGCUCCUGGAGCAUGUACUAUAAUGGGUGCAAAUUUGCCAGAAGUAAAAUUCCCAGGAAAUUCAAGCUCCUUGGAGAUGACCCAAAAGAGGAAGAGAGACUAGAACAAAAUCUGCAGAACUUGGCUACUUUAAUGGCACCAACCUACAAACAAAUGGCACCCGAUGCCUAUGGGAACCAGGUGGAGCACGAGCACAGGGCCCCGGACUGCCGUCUGGGGCUAAAAGAAGGACGGCCCUUCUCUGGAGUCACUGCCUGCAUGGACUUCUGCGCUCAUGCACACAGAGACCUGCACAACAUGCCAAGUGGCAGCACUGUGGUAUGUACUCUCACAAGAGAAGACAAUCGUGAAAUUGGAAAGAUCCCGGAGGAUGAACAGCUCCACGUGCUGCCUUUGUACAAAGCCUCUACAACAGAUGAGUUUGGAAGUGUGGAGGCACAGCAGGAGAAGAUGAAAUCAGGUGCUAUCCAGGUGCUCACAACAUUUCGCCGGAAAGUGCGCAUGCUCGCUGAGCCAGCCAAAUCCUGCCGGCAGAGGAAGCUGGAUGCCAAAAGGGCAGCCGCAAACAAAUUAUCCAAUCCAGACACCCCUAACGCCAAGGCAGAGAAGGCCCUGCUGGCUAAACUGAAGCAAAAUGUUGCCGAGAACCCAAACCAGGGCACACCUGCACCAGGUCCUCAUCCCCAGAGCCAGAACCACGUGGCAGGCCCACUGCCUGGUCAUCAACCACACCCUCUCAGCCACUUAAUGGGUCCUCAUCAGCAGCAGCAGCAGCAGCAGCAGCAGCAGAAGCAGCUACAGAGCCAGCCCAACCCUUACCCCAGCUCUCCACAUCUAGCCAGCUACCCAAGGUUUCCCAAUCACACAGACCCAUUCCCAAGCACUUCCCAGCCGCGCUACCCUCAAUCGCCAGCCUCUGGCAGCCCUUAUCCCUCAACUUUGCACGUUUCAAACUCCUAUUUGCCUGGGUCAAAUCCUGCAGGAACGUACCCCGGCUCCCUGAACCCCAAUAACCUUUACUCGGGGUACCAGUGCAAUGGAAGCAUAUCGGUUGAGAACUACCACCCUUAUUAUGCCUCUAAUCCAAAGCAUUUGGACAUGUACCGCCAUCAGAGGCCCCAGCUGUACCCUCAGCAGCAGUACACUCCCCAUCAGCACUAUGGAGUCAACUACCCGAGCCGCUACGGUGAGCAAGGUCUACACGUCAAUGGCUACAGCAACUGUAGUAUAACACCCGGUGUUCAUCCCAUGGGACCAUACUCAACCUACAGCCCCAACGCUGGGCCUGAACCCCACUUCUUGGAGACUAUCUCUCAACCACAGUCAGCACUCCCGGACUAUGCAGCAGCAAGCAAAAGCAGCCCAUUUGGGAGGUACCCCAAUCCUUACCUUGCCCAGAACCCCCAGAUGUUCCAAUCGGUCCACGACUCUUUCCGUAUGCAAAGCAAACCGGAGAUGAACUUGCAUGCUGAAAAUGGGAUUGGCCAGGUGCUUCCACUGCUGGGCAGCGAGUGUCCGCCCCCCACACCACACGGGCACGGUCUGCCCAAUGGAAUCACACCGGGAAGCAACAUAAAACAAGAGCCCGGGGUGCAGGCCCCAGAUCCCAAGGAGAAGGAGGAUGUGUGGUCGGACAAUGAGCACAACUUCCUGGAUCCGGAUAUAGGCGGGGUGGCGGUGGCCCCGAGUCACGGCUCCAUCCUCAUCGAGUGCGCCAAGCGGGAGCUCCACGCCACCACCCCGCUCAAGAACCCCGACAGGACCCACCCCACCCGUAUUUCGCUGGUCUUCUACCAGCACAAGAACAUGAAUGAGGCCAAGCAUGGGCUGGCACUGUGGGAGGCUAAGAUGGCGGAGAAGGCCCGGGAAAAGGAGGAGGACUCAGAGAAGCAUGGCGCCGAGGGCACGCCCAGCAAAAACAAGAAGGUCAAGAGGGAACAUUCAGAGGCACUGGAGUAUGUCGAGCCGCCGUACAAGCGCUUCGUCCAAGCCCUUAAGGAGAGGUCCAUGUCCUGUACCACAAACACUUACGUCAGUACAUCGCCCUAUGCCUUCACCAAGGUAACGGGGCCUUACAGCCACUUCAUUUAGAUUCGUAUUCAGGUUUUAUGGAAACAAGAUGCAGAAGAAAUUCCUACAAACAGGCACUAUAAAUUAGAACCUCAGCACCAUUAGCCACAAGCUGCAUAAAGCUCUUAAUACAGAACGGAGUGGCAGAAUGAGGAACACAUGACCCUAUGUGAUGAAGAAAUGCUGUAGAAUUAAUGGAAAAUGUACAAUUACACCUUCAGCCUGCCACUUGGUGUGUCCCCAAGGCAACAUUAUAUUUAUUUUUCUUCCUUUUUCUUUUCCUUUUUCAAGAUACAUGCUGUACUAAUACUCUGGUGCUUCAUUACCUGUACAUCAGGACUUAUAUUACUGGAAACAAAGUUUCGUUUAGGUGGCUUUAAUUACUUUCUUUUUUUAAAACAGAUGCAUUUAUUUUAAUGAGGAAAUAUUAACUCCAACUGUGGGUUACUUAAUUCAUGGUGCUACAAGCAAAGAGUGUCUUUAAUAUUCCAGUCAAAUGCCUUCAUAUUCUAUGAGCAUCUGUUUGUAUUGAAUAACUUCAUCAACAAAAUGUGACUUUCAUCAACAAAAGCCUUUUAUAACACAGUACUAGUGUUUUUCAAACACUUGCAAGGUGAAUUGUUAUUAUUGCACCUUCAGAUCAGACAAUUAUAUUUUGAUACCAAGAUGCUAGGCAGCAGCACACAUUUACAUUCAUUUUUCACAGACUUUCACUCAGAGGUGAAAAUGCUUUAUAGGUUGUGUACAAGAUAAAAUUAACAACCCAUUUGGUGGCGGUGCAGUUUUGAACAUCACUGGAUGCAAAUAGGAUUUUUACAAACAUUUAUUCUGGUGCUUUGUUCACUUUUGAAAAUAAUCUAGGUAUUUUUAAUGUUGUUUAAGCAGAACUAUUGAGCCAUUAAAAAAAAAGAAAAAAGAUGCAUCUUUUGGAACAGUACCAUUUUUUGACGACCAGCCUGUUUGUUUGGAGAUUCCUUCAUUUCUGUGUAAAGGUGAGAUCAUCGUCCAGCAGGUCCACAGAACAAAUCUGAAUUCUGGGUAUCCAUAUGGUUAUAUGACUGUUGUGAUCAGAAACGUUCUUUGCUACAGGGCGAGGGGACAUAAAACAGGGUUAGCUGUAUGUAUGUGUUGCGGUUUCGGAGGCAGCUGGCUUGCUGUGCGGGGUCUUUAAAUCAUUGUAAUCUAAGUAUAUAAUAAUAAGAGAUUUGUAUAGUAAAUAAAUAAAUAAAAGUUUUGAAUUACGCUUUAGAUUUUAGUACUGUAAAGAUUAGUCAUAUUUCUUUGGGAUUGAGCUGAUUUUUAUUUGAAAUGGUGCUACUCGACCUGCUAUAAUCAUAUAAUGUGAGAAACUUUUUACGGGCAGUGAGAAGGCUAAUGAAUGGUGUACCUACUUGUCAUAUACCUCAGAACUAGUUUGGCAAUAGGAUUAUGUUAAAAAAAGGCAUCUUCAUUAAAGUUAUACAUACCAUCCCUGUCAUAUAACCAUGACUACAGCAACCAAAUCCAUAGACCGCAAGUUUGUUGCUUACUUUUUUCUGACUUUUUUGGUCAGAAAAUUAGAGCUUCAAGGUCUGAUUUCAUUGCAAAAUCAGGGAUCUUUCAUCUUUCUUUGUUAAGCCAACUUUACCUGUGUUCAUUUCACAGUCUCUUUGUUCAGGGAUGUUUCAGUUCUGAAUUCCCAUUAAUUAGUUGUAUAUAGGCCCGACAUAAAAAAAAAAUCUCUGUAAGAGAAAUGACCUGCAGUUAUUUUAGUCUUAUGUUUAGUAGUAUUAACUGUUGAGAAGUCAUUUGGAUGUAUGAUAUGCACUGAGCAGACUAAAGGGAAAAGUGUGGAUUUUGUGAAUUGCAACGAGUUUGCUUUUACUUUAAAAAGAAAUUGAAACAUUUUUAAAAAGGGGGCAGUUAUGAUCGUAGAGGCAUGUUUUGUGCCCGUGUAUAGUGUCAGCAAAAAUUAUUUAUAACCACUAAACGAUUACAUUAUGCUUAUGUAUUUUUCCUCUUCGUUCAAUUCAAUGUGAUAUUUGAUGGGGCAGAAGUUGACAAACCACCCCACUCUAAUAUUUAUAUAAUCCUUUUCUGAAAGCACUUCAUUUCUUUUUUUUCUUUUUUUCAGAAAAGUAUAAAAUGAACUCAAAUAAAAAAUAAUAAAACUUUUAUUUAAGGCAAGUAGAAUAUUGCAAAUGUUUUUUAAAUAAAUUAUGUCACGUUGUAUAUACCAGGAGUUUGUAUUACAGAAGUAUAAAUUGUUUUAUUUCAAAACCCUGCUAUUGUAAUAUGUCAAUAUGUAGACGUUUUGUAGUUGUCAGCCAUACACAGAGCCCCAUGUUUCUAACCAAACUACACAGCCAUUUCUUCUAAACCUAUCCCAAGGAUUUAUCAGACUGUUGACCAUCCUCAAACAAUGCUCAAUGACUUGGACACCACACACAAACCUACGGUCUCACAAACUGUGCUGUUUUACAGUGAUAGGUCACAGAUAGCUAGAUCACUUAUAAAUGUUUUGUAAGGAUAAUGGUUUUGUAAAAUAAGUAAAUGUAAUUUUGUGUGUACAGGACCCAGGUUCAGUAGCAGGUUGUGAUUAUGAAAGGGUUUGUAGUAGGACAUAGCAGGUGACAAGCAUAGCCAUACUUGAAGAUGCUUCAGAGUGUUCUGAGUGGAGUCAACAUUACUUGAAUGACUUUGAGCUUGACUAACGCACAGGGGGUGCCCACAGUUCUUACAUUAAGCUAGCAGUUAAUGUACACAUGUGUUGGUAUUUAGCAGUUAGACACUAAAGGUAUAAGAUUUGUGUUAUUUCCUGCUUUUGUCUUCAUUUUUUACCGCCUCCCUCGUUCCCUUGUUUGGUAUGCUUACAAAAAAAAGAAGAAAAAAAAGAUGGAAAAUGGAGAUAAGAAUGGCUCUAAAUACUGUAAGUAUUGUAAUGUACUGAAUGCAGUUUAUUUGAAAGCUGUUUAUUAUAUCAUUCCUGAUAUUGCUGAGAUGUGGGUGUUUUUAAUAAAAUUUAUAUUUAUUUAAAGCA